UUUGUUGCUGGAGUGGGAGCUGUCUCCUCUCUCUGUCUCUCAUAAACUAACUAUCCAUUGUCACUCCAACAAGGACCAUCGCUAUCAGCACAUAUUUCCAUUUACAAUCAACAUGAAGGUGAUCUCUUCGCUCAAAGACCAUGCCGUCAGGGCAGCGCUAGUCCUGACGUUCCCCAAGACUCUCUUUAGCCCGAUGGGAGAGGUGGAGUUGACAGAGGAUGAACGCAGAGUCCUGAAUACCAGCUUUCUAGACAUGCUUUGGCAGUCAGGCUUCAGUAAAUCCUUUUUGGUAUGGCGUCGGCGCCUCUUGUAUUCAGCGUCUGUAUUCUUCGCCGUUGGUGCUGGCAUUCGAAUAUCCACAAUCCAAGAGCAGUGCGGUGGCUUUAUUGGGGAAGGGUUCAACCAUGAAACUCAGGCUUAUGAGACAAGCACAGGCGAGGACGUGGCCAACUACACGGGCCUUGGGAAAGCGGCAGUGGCCAGUCAACGUGUGGCACCGUUUUGUGCUCUUGCCGUCGUUUUAGUGGCUGCAUGGUUCUGGACCGAUUACACCAAAUCCCGAAAUGUGCUAGUGCCAGGAUGGCUGCUGACGUUGCUCCUUUCCUUGUGGCCAACUAUGAUUCCACUAAACUACGUGCUGAAAGAGUCCACCUUUUCCAAGAAUGCCUUUUUGGGCGCUACCUAUGCAUUUGGGAUCCUUCCGACCUAUCUUUCCAUCAUUGCUGGGCUCACGUUGGGUUCCAAACGAGUCUUUCUCUUUGCGCCCUCCCCACUUUCCGGCGCCAUGGUUGUUCUGAGUGCAGUCUUUGCCAUUAUAACACCAUUUGCGGCCCUGUCCUUGAUCAUCCAAGUGUUGGGCGAUUUCCUUUUGGUCAUGGGGAUCUGUUGUUUGGUGAUUGGUCCCGUUUUGAUUGUGUCUUUUGCAAGUCCAUUCACAGAAGUGUCCACCUUUGGAUCGAGCGAACGGAUCCUGUUUUGCAAUCGCCUUCUUUCCGCGAGUGGCAUCUGUCGGGGUGCCGGCAUGGCGUUGGUGUUGAUUUGGGCCAUCAGACUUGCCAUUUGGGCAACCAAUUACACCGAUGUCACCAAUCAAGAGCUCUCCUCGUUGGCAUCGUACAUUGUCACCUUGAUGGACCCAAAGAUGCUCGUGGGAAUGACGUGCGAGUUUCUUGGUGGAAUGAUGUUCAACGCCGUGCUGUGGACGGAUAUUGUGGUCCAUGUUUCGCGCAAUGACGACAUCAAGAUGCAAAAGCUGCAGUCUGAUUUAUCGUAGCAAAGCGAGUGGCUUCCUACCGCACUUCCUACCGUACCAGCUAGCUAGCUUUUGGUGUUGUCGAGGUUAGUGUCGCGGUUAACUUUUAAUCUAAAGUUCCUCGGUCAUACUUGCGUUUUCUACUGGAGCCCCCGCCAUUAAAAUAUAGGUACGGGGGUUGGAUGAAAGUAGCAUGCACCAGCUAGCAAAAAAUAGUAUCAUAGAACCCCAGUUCAGGCCGAGGAGGAGCGAAUGGUCCUCCAGGGGGUAGAUUCCUUGGGGCACAUGCGUAUGCAAGAAAGAUCUGUGCCUUGCUUGUCAUUGGCCUGCAGCUGACUUCCUUUAUCGAACGGCGCUACAAGCAUAUCUAGACAGGAACCCCACCAGAGCCACCACAGCAACCACCACCAUGUUUUGGCUCGAGGCACCCCCGAGUUGAUUGCCUUCCACAGAUACCUUGGUGAUGGUGGAAACAUCGUCCCAAUGCGGAUCAUCUCCACCAGCCGAUAAUGGGUAUGGGAACAUUGUUGGAUAGAACACCUGAGGUAAAAGUUGGACAGUGUUUCUGUUGGCCCAAUCAUCCAUUUUUCCAAGGCAGCUUCCAAACUCCGUGCUGUAAUUCCCG